AUGAUCGUGAAUAUUGCGGCAAUUAGCAAGAAUUGUGCAAAAACAUUGCUUUUAAUCCUAAAUGGAUGUUGUAUUCUAAUAGCACUAUGUACGUUUAUAUUCGCGGUGGUGGACACGAGGAUCGUUAAGACAUAUGGCGAAGACCGCGCUGGAGGCACUAUAGUUGGCGACUUUAUCAUCAUUGUCGCUUGUUUGUUCCUUGUGGCUGUCGCCGGAUUUGGUUCUCUGGGUGUUGUUAGGGGAAAUGUGAAGAUACUUUAUAUUUACAUCGCAUUCCUCAUGAUGAUGGUCGUACUAGAGCUGCUCAUAGCGGUGUAUGUGGCUUUACAACGAUAUGGACUUCAGUUUAAAAUAACUGAAUGGCUGCGAGACGACUUCUUCAAGAACACAACAGAUGAUAGUCUUCAUAAUAAAUUUUGGGAUGAUCUACAAGUCACUUAUGAAUGUUGCGGUUUGAACGGACCUGAAGAUUAUAUCGCCGUGCAGAAGCAGAUUAGCUUGUCUUGCUGCCCACGAGCUUAUCGCGCCAGGACUGCCUUCGCGAGGCAACAGAUGUACCGUACUUGUAUCGAAUCUAUUAAUUACUACCCAAACGGUUGUGAGGAUGAGAUUCUUUACGCACUGAGGUCCGACGCUGACUGGCUCAUCGGUGUAGCAGUUACGUGCUUUUGGUUCGAGGCGGCGGGAAUGUUGCUUGCGAUGUGGGUAGCCAACAAUACGAGAGAUGAAGUACAAGUUUACAAACAAGCUAUUAGAUAU